AUGGGUUUAAUACCAGUGAAUUUCAAGCAAGUUCGGUAUUCUCGACUUGAUGGCAGGCCUUAUUUUCAGCAUCCCGAAUACCCCGAGUUCGUCCAAUUCGUGGUGAAUGGUGAAUGGGUAUCAAUCCACGUGCUAUCGAUAAAGCCAGAAAUGAUGGAUGAAAACAUAAAGGGGAUCGUGCAAGAGGCAAAAAAGUUACUGUUCCAAGACCAAAGUGUGACCGACACACUUAGUCUGUCACAGCGCCCAACUUUGCCGCCCCUCCAGUCUUCUUGUACGAACAUGUCGUCGGAGAUCCGGUUUCACAAGACUGUCGAAGAGUGCAAGACAACGCAAAGAGAGUUCCUUCACGUACCGAACUCAGGCCCAUCAGUAUCCACAAGGAAGAAUUCUUACUCUCAGGCCACUACGGAUAGCCACCAUCCAAGAUCUGAUUAUUACAGCAUGCCAAGUAACAUCUUGUAG